AUCAUAUCUCUUUCACAAAUCCCACAAAUCCCAAUUGCGUUUCUCCCCAAAUAGACAAAGACAACAACCCAAACCCACUCCAAAGCCCACUCUUGUUCCCCGCUUCCUUUCAAACUUCAAAUUCCUUCCUGAUUGAUCUAGCUGAAGGUCGACAUCGACGGUUUCUUUUGGAGCUCUGAGAAGCUAUGGCGCACUUGCAGAAGGAUGGGAUUCCUACUGGGUUGAAUCGGAUUAGGACGCGGAGGGUGCCCUCUGAGGAGUUUUCCAGCUCCGGCGGUGAUGAUUCUCCUUCGAUUUCUGGUAUCCCGGUUGGAGCUGAGGUGAAGGUCGAUGGGAGAAGGAAAGGGUUUCGGAAAGGGAAAAAGAUUGCUCGUUGGUUUACUUCCUAUCUCGCCAAGAAAUCUUCAAGUAAAGAUUAUAAUUUAACUUUGAAUGAGAAGGGUAAUAUACCAGGAGAGAAGAUGUCAGAUGAAGAAUAUCUCACUAGGUCUGAAAAUUUUGUGGAACAGAAUGAGUUUCUAGAACCACAAUCACUCCCAGAGAGAAGUUAUUUAAGGAAAGCAUUGAAGACGAAAAAGAGUUUUUCACAUGAACUGGGACCAAAGGGUGGUAUCCGACCUACUCCCGUUCGAGCACACAGUUAUAGUGACUUAAGGGAACUUUUGGGAUCAUUACACUCAGAACUUGAUGCUGUCAAACAAGCUGUAGAUGCAGAUCUCACAGCUUUUGCAUGGGAUGUAACGGUGGCUCUUGAGAAGGACCCUCUGUCAACAGCAAGGGAGACAGCUGAAGAUCUUCUUAACAUCUCCCAGCAAUGUAGAGAAAUGACAUGUAGUCAGUUCCGUGAUAAUUGUGAGAGGAUAGUUCAGAGUCUUGCUGAGAGGAGGCAUGAAUGCCAAAUGGGGCUUGUGAAACAGUUUGUUACUCGCAUGCUAUUUAUCUUAACACGUUUUGCAAGGCUUUUGCAGUUUCAGAAAGAUAGUGGAUCAGUCAAUGAUGAUUCUUUUGAUAAGUUUAAGCAGUGUCUGGAGAGCGUUCCCGCCGUGGAAACAAAUUGGCUUCCAAAGUCUGGGAAUUCUGCUUGUAGGUUGGAUAAUGUUGUGAAGCUGAAUCAUCUUAGCAACCACCACACAAGGAUCAUGACAUGGGAGAAUUCAUCAAAAAAUUCAUUAGAGACACAAAACGAGAGUCUGAUAGAUUCUACAGACAACUGUGUCACGGAUUCCGAUUCUUGUGAUUUAAGUUAUGAAAGAAGGAAAUUGAUGAUAUUCAAUCAUCAGGAGGCAUUUUCAAAUGGUCAUAAAAAUGAUUAUGAUCUUCCUGAAGAGUUGGCAUCAGAAGCCAGUUUCGAUUCCCUUGACGAACAAGGAGACUCCAAAGGUUUUGAUUCUGUUAUAUGCAGAAUAUGUGAGGAGAAUGUUCCAACUUCUCACUUGGAGUCCCAUUCUUAUAUAUGUGCCUAUGCUGACAAGUGUGAUUUGGAAGGUUUGGAUGUGGAUGAGAGGCUAAUAAAUAAUGCUGAAAUAUUGGAGCAAAUUGUGGAAUCCUACAAUCAAGGUUCACGGGUGCCAUAUAGCAGUUCUGAUAUUUUAAAAAUGCAAACUUUGAGUACAGCAGUUGGGUCUGAAGGUCAUUCUCCUAAAGUGCAAGACUGGCACAACAAAGGUACAGAGGGAAUGUUUGAAGAUAUCCAUGAGAUGGACACAGCUUUCAUUGAUGAAUUUCAUACUACAAAGUUUGGACAUUGUCGUCCAGUGUCAUCCAAUGGGAGCAUGACUCCUACGACUACCCCUACAUCUAGCCAUUUUGAUUUAUAUUGGUUAGAGCACAAUAAUCCAUCUGAGCCAGAGGAUGUGACUCAGAUAAAUGAACUGGCUGACAUAGCACGAAGAGUUGCAGGUGUUGAUAUUGCAAAAGAAGGUGCCUCUAAGACUUUAGAUAUGUGCUUGCUUGACUUAAUGAAUAUAUUACAUAAUAAAAAGCUCAAGGCUCUAGUUAUAGAUACUUUUGGAGGCCGCAUAAAAUUGUUGCUGAGGGAAAAGUAUCUACUGGCAAUUGAAAUAUUGAAAAAGAAGUGUCCUAGGAGGACAAUCCCUCUUGAAGAUGGUAGGGUACUUUCUGAGUCUCAGUGCACCACAUCAGCUCCUUUGCAUCCCUUACACAAGGAAAGAACCAGCAUUGAUGAUUUUGAGAUAAUUAAACCAAUCAGUAGAGGUGCCUUUGGCAGAGUAUUUCUUGCACGGAAGCGAACUACAGGAGACCUAUUUGCUAUAAAGGUGCUCAAAAAGCUGGAUAUGAUACGUAAGAAUGACAUUGAACGCAUAUUGGCAGAGCGCAACAUUUUGAUUACAGUUAGAAAUCCAUUUGUGGUCCGUUUCUUUUACUCAUUUGCAUCCAGAGAUAACCUUUAUUUGGUCAUGGAGUAUCUCAAUGGUGGUGAUCUGUAUUCUUUGCUUAGAAAUGUUGGAUGCUUGGAUGAAGAAGUUGCUCGUGUAUAUAUUGCUGAACUGGUGCUUGGCCUGGAAUAUCUUCAUUCCUUAGGUAUCAUUCACCGUGAUCUGAAACCUGACAACAUCCUUAUUGCCCGUAAUGGCCACAUUAAGCUUACAGAUUUUGGACUGUCAAAGAUUGGUCUAAUAAACAAUGCAAUCCACUUGUCUGGAUCCGUUACAAGUGGUUCUGUCCUACAAGAAGCCCAGAGUGAAAAUGCUCUUCCAAGAGGACAAAGAAGUGGGCGAUCUGCUUUCGGCACACCUGACUAUUUGGCACCUGAAAUCCUUCUUGGAAAUGCUCAUGGUUAUGCUGCUGACUGGUGGUCAGUGGGAAUUAUUUUGUUUGAGCUUAUAGCAGGGAUUCCACCUUUCACUGCAAAUCUUCCUGAGAUGAUCUUUGACAACAUCCUGAACGGGAAAAUUCCAUGGCCAGAUGUUCCCAAUGAGAUGUCAUUUGAAGCAAAGGACUUAAUUGAUAGGUUUCUGAUUCAAGAUCCAAAUCUGCGACUUGGUGCAAAUGGUGCAGCUGAGGUUAAAACACACCCUUUCUUCAAGGAAAUUAACUGGGACAGCCUUGCUUUGCAGAAGGCAGCUUUUAUCCCCAACCCUGAAAGUGAAGAUGAUACAAGCUAUUUCUUAUCGAGGUAUUCACCAGGUUCUUACCAGAUUCCAGUUGAGACCUCCACUGAUUGUUCCACGGGUGCAACUAGUUCUUCCUCUGGUUCUGGCAACAAGAUGAAUGUAGACAAAUACACGGAACUGGUGGAAUUUGAUUUGCAAACUUCUGUUGACCUCUCCUCAAUUAAUUUUUCUUUCAAGAACCUAUCUCAAUUGGCACUCAUGAACUAUGAUGUUCUCUUACAAGGUGGUAAAACAUCAAAGUGCUCAUCUCCCUCAGGAGGAUAAUUCAAGAUAUGCAGCCCUUUUAACAUCUUAUAGAUUGGUGAAAUAUCAAAGAGCUUACCUUUAUUCAGCAUAAAAAGAAAAGGUUUAUUGCUCUAGUAAUGCUGAAGACCAAGUAAACUAUUAGCUCCAUUGUACUAAUGAGGCCAGUGACUGCAAGUUAUCAUCAUGCAUAAACUAGCCAGAGAACUUAUCCAAGUUAGAAAAGGGCUAUUGCAUUUGCCUAGUUUGCCAUCAGUUUUCUAAGUUGGAUUGAGUCAAAUCCACCGAAAAGGAAACUUUACAUUGGCAAAGAAGAAGAAAUUUCUCCGCACAAUGUUUACGAACAAUCAACAAAUCCGGCAUCUCUAGUUUUGUGAUAAAUGGUGUUGCCAAACCACAAAUGGCAUCAAAG